AUAACGUCGAAAUCGAAACUCUCGUUAAAAAUCGCCGUUGGGAGUCAUGUGACUUCCCAACGAAUUUCUUUCCAUCCAUCACUCCAAAGUGACAAAAGUACUAACAAAAAUCAGGCCAAUCCAUCGACAACACACCAGAAAUGGAAUCUGGCGUGGAGAAAAAGCACCUAGCCAAACUGGCCCGGGUUCGGGAGAACCAGCGCAAAAGCCGAGCGCGGAGACAAGACCACCUGCGCGAUCUCGAGCAGAAGGUACUGGGUCUACAGACAGAACUUGAUCGCAGAGACGUGGCGCACAGACUUGCCCUGCAAAGGCUUGAAGCGGAGAACCGAAAACUGCGGGAUUUGCAUCUCGCUUCGGGUGUUCCGGCUGCUGCUUUGGAGGCGUAUCUAUGCGCAGGUGAUGACUCGGUGAUGAAUCGGAAGAUUGCCAUACCGGCUGUUCAGCGUCUCUCUGUUCCGGCUGAGUCUGAGAAGCGGCGGCGGCAGCAGAAGCAGCAGCAGCAGCAGCAGGAGGAGGAGGAGGCCAAGUGCCCGCGACCUUCCUCGAGUUCUCAAGCUUGCACGAGCGAGGAAGUAGUGGAGCCGCAUUCGGAGUAUCCGAUUCCUGAGAACAGUACGUGCAAGGGGAAGAAUACGGAUGCGAAGACUGAACCACAGCGUGGAAAAUCCGAGACACCUCAGUCAGCGGAGAUUCCGUCUCUGUGUGAGUGCGCACCGAAUGAGGACCUGGACUCGCUCCCUAUCAGCGCACGCGUCAUAAACACGACAUUUUGCUCCAUUGCAGAGAAGCUGGUGGACCAGUACAACUCUCGCGGGGUGGACGUAUCAGAAAUCAAACAAAAGCUACGCCAGGGUUUCUUCCGUAGUAACUCGGAAGAAGGAUGCAGAGUGCAAAACCAGCUCCUGUUUCAAGUCUUGGAUGAAAUUAGUGGGCAGUGAUGUCUACCUAAACCUAAUAUAUGGGUAUUGACAGGAAUGACGCGCCAG